AUGUCCUACAACUGCUCCACAAGGAAACUCUCUUCCAGGAUGAUUGGAGGACAAUACACUGUGCCAGUGGCCUCAGUUGCCACAGUUUCUACCCCGGAUGCCGACUGCCUGAGUGGCAUCUAUUUGCCCAGCUCCAUCCAAACUGGCUCCUGGCUCCUGGACCACUGUCAGAAGACCUGCUGCGAGCCCAUUGCUUGCCAGCCAACCUGCUACCAGCCAACUCCUUAUGUCUCCAGCCCUGUCCGGGUGACCUCCUCUCGGCAAACCACUUGUGUCUCCAAUCCCUGCUCAACUCCCUGCAGCCGGCCGCUCACCUUUGUCUCCAGUGGCUGUCAGCCCCUGGGCGGCAUCUCUACUGUGUGCCAACCAGUGAAAAGUGUCUCCACUGUCUGCCAGCCGGUGGGAGGAGUCUCCACCAUCUGCCAACCAUCCUGCGGGGUCUCCAGGAUGUACAAGCAGUCCUGCGUGUCCAGCUGGCGAAGAAUUUGCUGA